AUGAGUCAAGAGUCAAAGAAUUCAGAGACUGCUGCAAUUUUAGGAAACAGCACCGAGCUGGAAAGGAAAGAUUCGGGUGAGGCCAGUAUUGGUUCAUUUGUUGACCAUGACAUCCGUCUACGUGAGAAGCAAUUUUUGCUCUCAUGUGAAAGAGGAGACAUUGGCAGCGUACGGAAACUGCUCACCAUCAAAGAUGGUCUCAAUAUCAACUGUGUGGAUCCGUUAGGAAGGAACGCGCUCUUAAUCGCUAUCGAAAACGAGAAUAUCGAGAUGAUCGAGCUGCUGCUUGAUAACAAUAUUGAAACGGGCGAUGCGAUUCUCUAUGCAAUCGGAGAGGAGAAUGUCGAAGCCGUCGAGAUUAUUAUCGAACACUUGGAGAAAAUCGAUAAAUUCAAUCCAGAGACCCAAGGAGUUGAAAUUAAUGAACAUUCCGCAUUUACACCCGAUAUCACACCUAUUAUUCUUGCCGCACAUAAGGACAACUAUGAAUGUAUCAAGCUUUUUCUGGAUAAGAAAGGUACCGUACCUCACCCACACGAUGUUCAUUGUUGUUGUCACGAUUGUGAUGUGGCUAGAGAAGAAGAUUCUCUACGAUUGUCCCGAUCCAGAAUCAAUGCAUAUCGGGCACUUGCCUCUCCUUCGUUAAUCUGUCUUUCCGCUAAGGAUCCAAUCCUAUACGCCUUCGAGCUGUCAUGGGAACUUCGAAGGCUUUCCUACAUUGAAAAUGAGUUUCGAAGCGAGUAUCAGGAACUAUCCCAGAAAUGCCAGAAAUUCUCUGUGAACAUGCUGGAUCAGGUUCGAGGCUCCAAGGAAUUGGAAAUUGUGCUUAAUCACACAACAACCGCGUGGGAGGAGGUCACCACUAGAGGAACACCGACCACCGAACAACUAGCACGACUUAAACUUGCCAUUAAAUUACGACAAAAAAGAUUCGUCGCUCAUCCAAAUUGUCAACAGCUUCUCUCUGGUAUCUGGUACGAGGGAUUACCCGGGUUUAGAAACAGAAAUAUUAUCUAUAAGUGCCUUUUAAUCGCAGCCGUAUCGCUGUCAUUCCCGAUUCUUUCAAUUUCGUAUCUACUCGCUCCGAAAUCCGCCAUCGCUCAGUUCACUCGAAAGCCUUUUGUGAAGUUUCUCUCACACUCCGCCAGUUAUAUUGUUUUCUUGUUACUCCUAAUAUUGGCUAGCCAAAGAAUCGACCGGGUCGAUAACAUGUUCCGUGAGGAGAAUGCGCCGGCACGGAAGGAAGGCCGAGGACCGCCUCCGACUCCCGUUGAGAUCGCUAUCAUGGUCUGGGUGCUAGGAUUGAUUUGGGUGGAAAUCAAACAGUUGUGGGAUUGCGGUCUUCACGAUUACUGUCACAAUUUGUGGAAUAUUCUGGAUUUUAUCACAAACUCACUCUACCUCUCCACGGUUGCUCUUCGGGCCGUCGCUUACUACCAGGUGGAAAAAGAGAUGAGAGAUCCGCGUACACAGCAUAUUGGUCGAUUUCUUCAGAGGAGAGAUUGGGACGCUUGGGAUCCUACGCUUGUCAGUGAAUGCGUGUUUGCUACUGCGAAUAUAUUCUCAUCGCUUAAACUUGUUCACAUUUUCACCGUCAACCCCUACCUGGGACCACUAAAAAUAUCGUUAGGUCGAAUGGUUAUCGAUAUCCUGAAAUUUUUCCUCGUCUACGCGUUGGUUUUGUUCGCCUUUGCUUGUGGUUUAAAUCAACUUCUUUGGUACUAUGGUUCAAUGAGGCAACAGGAAUGUGAUCAGUACAAGCAAUGGGUGGCAAAUCCAGUUUCAAUGGCAAACACGGCUAAAAUGGAUUCGUUCAAGGAAAGUUGUGAUCUAAAGUACAAAAGCGUAUCUAGUAUCUACUAUACAUCUGAGACGUUGUUCUGGGCGAUGUUUGGUCUCAUAGAUCUUUCACAUUUCACGCUUAAGGAAAAUCAUUAUCUUACGGAAUGGACGGGAAAGACGAUAUUUGGAAGUUAUUCGUGUUGUUCGAUUAUCGUUCUACUGAACAUGCUUAUCGCUAUGAUGAGCAAUUCUUAUCAGUAUAUAUCGAAUCAAGCUGAUAUUGAAUGGAAAUUCGCUCGUAGUAAGUUGUUUAUCGAGUACUUCGACGACACCGCCACUCUACCGCCACCUUUCAACAUCAUACCCAGUCCGAAGAGUUUUUACUAUGGUCUUAAAUGGAUUUGCGAUCGAUAUUGCGGUUGUUCGAAAGCGAUUCGUGCAGGGAAACAAAAGAGCAUGAGGAAUCAAAAGAUCCUCCGUGUCGUCAAUGAUCUAGAGAGCAACUAUCGAUUCGUCACACGAAACCUUGUCAAACGAUACAUAGCUCAAAUGCAAAGAGUGAAGCAACAAAACGAAGGUGUUAGCGAGGAUGACGUCAAUGAAAUCAAACAGGAUAUCAGCGCAUUCCGAUAUGAGUUACUGGGAAUUCUACGAGCCGCUGGAUUCAAUACCGGACAUACGGACAUGAACCAGAAAACUUUCAAACACGUCCGUAUGUUUUCAGCGCGAAAUAAGCGGCGCAGCGCAAUGGCGGAACGACGACUGAAGAAAGGUUUACCCGAAUUCAACAUUCCUAUUCCGGAAAGCUUCCAAAAUGCUCGGAAAAACAGUUUAGCCUCAUUAACCUCAGGUGAUAGCCUGAAACAUGCACCCCUUCGGCUACCUCAUCUCAAUUGGAAACGAUUCAAGAAAAAGGUCAGCUUCAAAUAUCCAUCGCCACGAGCAUCUCCAGCAAUACCAUGUACAAAAACUAAAAGUCUUUCCUUGGACUUCCAUGGCGCCUUACCAAACUCAUUAAUCAGUCAUAUGAGUAAUGGAGGCCGACGGGGUACAACAGGAUACGAGCGGCCACCAUUACAAAAGCAGAGACGGAAAAACAGUGAUACGGUGCUUGAACUUGAGUCCGAUGAUUUGUUAUGA